AUGGGCGAGUUAUUUGGAAGAGCCUAUACAAAAAUCCAGACUGCGGAGAGGUCAAUAAAGGGAUUCAGUACAACUGGCAUUUACCUCUUUCGACGAGAUGUUUUCUCCGAUGAAGACUUCUUAGCCGAACAGCAAAGACAUCAUGUGCCCCAUCCUGUCACAGCAGAUUUUCCAGAAAAUAAUGAACCAGCGCUAUGUCAUUCACCAAACAUUCUCCCCAAGGAUAUCGCACCAAUACCACAACUGAAAAAAAUAGGCUCGAGAGGAAGAAAACCUGGUCGUGCAAGGGUAGUAACCUCAACUCCGAAUACAGAGGAGUUAGAGGAAUCUAUUAAUCGUUCACGUGAGAAAGUUACUAAGAGACUAGUCAAUGAAGCAGGACCAAGUUCUCUUAAACAAUAUGCGAAGAAAAAGCGAAAAGCACGUUCACCAUCAACAUCAUCUUCAUCAUUAACAUCUUCUUCAGAACCCGUUCUCGCAAACUCCUCUGAUGAACAUGAUCUCCACCUGUCAUCUUAUAUUAGUCCCAAGCAAUGUGCUGAUGACACGACGGAAUGUAUUUUUUGUCAAGAGAUGUUCACGAUGUGUCAUUUGUAA